UGACACACACCAGAAGAAUGACCUUUGCAGCCCCGCUGCCCGUGCGCCCAGCGGCUCCAAAGCAGCCACAACAGCCAGCACCGAGCAAUGCAAGCUCAGCAGCGACGUUUGCUGUGCCUGCACUGCCGCAAGUUGCAGCUCAAGCACAGGCUCAGGCCCAAGCUCUGGCUCAAGCGCCAUCUCAAGCCAACGCUGCUCCAGUCAAUGCAAACGCGCCACCUGCUGCGCCGCCGCUCAACUACUCGGAGCCCGCGUGGGGCGGCCGUGCUGUGCCAAGCCAGUUGUCGUUCAUGCUGGAGGUCAUCAAGGGCGGGAGCAUUGUCGAGACCAUCCCGCUGCGAGACAAGAGCUUCUUCACGGUGGGCCGACUGCCCAUCUGCGAUAUUGCGAUGGAGCACCCGUCGAUCUCGCGGUACCACGCCGUGCUGCAGUACAGGACAGACGCACCCGCCGAGUCGGCAGCCGAAGCCGAGGACGGCCCGAACGAUGCUGCUGAGAUUGGCAAAUUUUACCUGUACGACAUGGCAAGCACCCAUGGCACGCUCGUCAACAAGACGCCCAUCAAGCCAAAGGUGUUUGUGCGAGUGCAAGUCGGCCAUCUGAUGCAGUUUGGCGACUCGACGCGCAUGCUCGUGCUGUGUGGGCCCGUCAGCGAGGAUGAGCUCCAUGCAGAAGAAACGUCGCAGCAAAAGCGUCGGCCAGCAGCAGCAGCAACAACAACAACUGCGCAGCCGCACGUGUCUGCAUUUGCGGGAGCUGCAGCAUUGGCAAAACAGCGCGCAGCACGUGGCGAUGGCGGUGACGACGAGCGCAUGGACCUUGAUUUUCGAGAAAUGGAGCAAGAAUCGCGACAGCGAGCAUUAGAUGCAAGACAGGCCGGCUCAUCAGGCAAAGCCACCGACGACAACGACGAGGAGAACGAACAGGGCGUGUCGUGGGGCUUGGCGGACGAUGACGAUCACGAUGGGAUGAGCAGUGCUUCGUCCGCCCCGCGCCAGUUUGAAGGCCAGGCCGAUGCUGACGACGACGCUGACUCGGAUCGCAGCGGAUCCGCUCGCCAUGUGAAUGCGGCGUCCAUGUACGGCGACGAGGAGGAUGCGCGAGACAGCAACCGGCGCGCGCGGUUGGAACAGGCCGACCACAGGAAUGCCAACAAUCUGUCGAGCUUUUCGAAACAAAUGGGCAACCGACCUUCAACGCAGGGCUCAUCCCGCGAGAACCUCAGCGAUGCGGACGUCAUCUCCAAGUACAAGCAAAGUGGCGAGAUUGUGUUUGGGGGCGACGACGACGACGACAGCAACGGAGACGGUUUGGGAGGCAAGCAGCGAUACUACUUCAAAGACCCGAAAAAGGCCCUGCGCGCCUUCUUUGACCGCGAAGGCCUUCACAUGAACUUUGAUGUGGAGGAACGUGGCCCUGGUCAUGACCGAAACUACACUGCCCGCAUCAAAGUGCCGUCCUACACGGCCGCCUCUGGUUGGAUUCAAAUCGAGGAAACGGCUGGGCGGAAGCGCGAGGCCGAGCGGGCCGCUGCGCUCGAAGCAUGUAAGCAACUGGAUCAGUUGGAUUUACUCCAACCUGGACACGCUGCCUCAAACUCCAACAAGGGAGGCGCGGGCUCCGCAGACGCCGGAGCAGAUCUGGAUUCCGGUCAUCGCUCCUUCCGCAACAGGCCGCGUCGACUCGUGGAUAGCGAUGGCGAAGAGAUUUACAGCGACGACGACGACGACGACACCAUGUAUGACGCCUCGGGCGAGAUGGAGCGCAAACGCCAACUUCGUCGCCAGCGCCAACAACAGCAGCAACAACAACAGCAAGCAACAGAGUCGGGAUUGGCGACUCCAGCAACGUCGAGUCAAGCUAACUCUUCGUCAUCUAUCGUGUACACGUACGACACUCUGCUUGUUCGUCGGGAGGAACUUGCGCAAGAGAUAGCGGCGAUCGAGGCACGCCUGGCUGAAGACGCUGCACACAGCAAACAAAUUCAGGCUGGUGGAUCAUCGGGCGAUUCACUGGACGCCUACAUGGAUGCAGUCUCGGCCACGCUGCCAAAGGAAGAAAAGCUGAAACUGCGCAAGCAACUGCAAGACCUCAGCGUCGAAACCCGCAAGGUCGAGAAAAUGAUUCAGAUUGCCAAACCGACCACCUUUACCACCGCCGCGCAGGUACCAGCGCGCACGGCCGGUGCACACGAGGCAACUGCAGCCACCUCCGCGCCACUUGCUGUCAAGGUGCGAGGGGCGUUUGCGAUUCCCGCUGCACCCAAAGUUUCUUCUGCACCGCCGCCGCCAACAACAACCACAAGCGAGCCCCCUUCGUUGAAUGUCGCAGUAGCUGCUGUUGAUGCUGCUGCCCCUGCCAUAGUUCCAGGGAAGCGCUUGCUCGAGACGGACAGCGUUGCUCAAGAAGCAUCGUCCGAAGCACACGCUCCGCCGCGAAAGCUUGCCAGGCUCGACGUCCAGGAUGAUGCGUUUGAGCGCGCCGAUGACAUUCCCCAGCCGCCAAAGUACGGAGCAAUGCUUCCGCCCAAAGCAGCGCCGAAGGCAGCAGCUAGCAAACCCAAACCCAAAGCAGCUCCUGCGCCCUCGUUCCAGGAUGAAGGCGAAAUUGACGAGUGGGUUCCUCCUUCUGGGCAGAGCGGCGAUGGACGGACCUCGCUCAAUGAUCGCUUGGGUUAUUGAAGUUUGGAAGCAGUCACGCAAAUGAAUUUUGUUCAUUGUUUCACAAUAUACUGUAUCACCUAAGAUGCAUUUAAAUCUCGAA